AAACCAGUGGACAAAGUAACAAGCCCUCAACCUUUCAGUACUGUGUUAUGAAGCCACUAAUACGACGAAAAUGAAGUUCGUACGGUUUAUUAUGAAAAAUGCCGCUUUGACGAGCGUGCCAAAGCAUAUUGAGCAUUUUUCCAAAUUCUCUCCCUCGCCGUUGUCCAUGAAGCAGUUUUUGGAUUUCGGGUCCAUCAAUGCUUGUGAAAAGACAUCAUUUGUUUUUCUGAGGCAAGAGCUCCCUGUCAGACUGUCCAACAUCAUGAAGGAGAUCAACCUUUUACCUGACAAACUUCUCACAACCCCCUCUGUCAAAAUGGUCCAGGGCUGGUAUGUCCAGAGUUUGAUGGAAAUCCUUGAAUUCCUUGACAAGAAUCCAGAUGAUCACAAAACUUUGGGAGAGUUUGUGGACGCUUUAGUGACCAUCAGAAAUCGGCACAAUGACGUAGUUCCGACCAUGGCUCAAGGAAUUAUCGAAUACAAAGAGUCUUUUUCCCAGGACCCAGUGACCAACCAGAACAUCCAGUAUUUUCUAGACCGCUUCUACAUGAGCCGCAUCUCUAUACGAAUGCUCAUCAACCAGCACACUCUCAUAUUUGACGGCAACACUAACCCAGUCCAUCCCAACACUAUUGGAAGCAUAGACCCCCUCUGCAGAGUUUCAGACGUGGUUCAAGAUGCCUUUCACAGCGCCAAAAUGCUGUGUGACCAGUAUUAUCUCCGCUCUCCUGAGAUGGUUCUACAAGAGAGAAACAGCAAGGACAAAAGCCAGCCAAUCAACAUUGUGUAUGUGCCUUCUCAUCUGUACCAUAUGCUGUUUGAGCUUUUCAAGAAUGCAAUGCGUGCAACAAUAGAAACACAUGAAAACGGCUACGAGCUCCCGCCAAUCAAAGUCCUUGUGUCACUCGGUGGAGAGGAUAUGUCCAUUAAGGUGAGCGACAGGGGAGGUGGCGUCCCAUUUCGCAGGAUUGAAAACCUUUUCAGCUACAUGUACUCCACUGCUCCUGCGCCACAGAUGGGAGAGCAUUCACGGCCACCACUGGCCGGCUUUGGCUAUGGACUCCCCAUCUCUCGACUCUAUGCCAAGUACUUCCAGGGGGACCUGCAGCUCUACUCCAUGGAGGGCCAUGGCACCGAUGCUGUCGUCUACUUGAAGGCCCUGUCUACAGACUCCGUGGAGAGGCUACCUGUCUACAACAAGACAGCUCUGAAGAACUAUAAAGUCAGUCAAGAGGCGGACGACUGGUGCGUGCCCAGCAAAGAACCGCUGGACCUGAGCAACUUUAAAGUGGCCAAAUAACAUGUCCGACUACGGGGGCUAUGAAGCUUUCAAUCCUGAGUCUUGUUUCCUUUUCACCUGCCAAUCAACUCAUUUGGCAAGGCAAAAAGAAAGACCCAUUUGCACACCAUUAUCAGAAGAAUGUAAACCCUUAUUGAUGUGUGACUUCAGCAGAUGUGUUUUAUAAACGUGCCAUCAUAUUAUUUAAGUAUUUUUGUAAGAACAUACAGAAAAGAAACAUAAUCUGCAAGUAUUUCUAAGACCUUUUACAUGGGUCUUAAUGGGGGCAGCUUGAGUUUGUCCGGGAUACAGAGGCUGGGAGAGGCCAAUCGGGACAAGUUGGUGUUAUUAUGGGAGAGGUAAUACCGCAGUUACGAAAAUGUAGUAUUUCCAUCUUUACUAUUUUUAUUCAUUUUACUGUAUAAUUGAGGAUAGGGUAUUAUUUUUAUCAUAUGGGCUUGUAUACACUGAAAGGGUAUAGAGUGCUUUGGUAUUAUUAUGAAAACCGCUAGCCUUAUCAAAACACCCCAAAAUAUUUGAAAUACUUGAAAAAUAUCUGAUGCACACUUUCUACUGUGUACUGAAUGUAUUGUCUGUGAUAUUAACUUAACUGAAGUGUUCCUUGCAUGUAAAUAAAUAUGUCCAUUGUAAAAAUGUAGCCACACUGAUUAUAUUCAGUGCUUGUAAAGAAAGCUAAACUAAUCCUCUACAACGAAUAUGUAAUAAUUUACAUAGAAUAAUGAUUUAAAUAAAACUAAGGGAUUUGAUGGAACUGA